AUGCUUCAUUUGGAUCAUAUUAUCAAAUCUCUCUCUCUCUAUCAUCUAUCAUUCUCAUCUCUUAUCAUUCUCGGUCUUAUCAUUCUCUAUCAUUCUCGGUCUUAUCAUUCUCUAUCAUUCUCGGUCUUAUCAUUCUCUAUCAUUCUCGGUCUUAACAUUCUCAUCUCUAUCAUUCUCAUCUCUAUCAUUCUCGGUCUUCUCAUCUCUCUCUCUCUCUCUCUAUCAUUCUCGGUCUUCUCAUCUCUCUCUCUCUCUAUCAUUCUCGGUCUUCUCUCUCUCUCUCUCUCUAUCAUUCAUUCUCGGUCUUCUCAUCUCUCUCUCUCUCUCUAUUCAUCUUCUCAUCUCUCUCUCUCUCUCUAUCAUUCUCGGUCUUCUCAUCUCUCUCUCUCUCAUUCUCGGUCUUCUCAUCUCUCUCUCUCUCUCUAUCAUUCGGUCUUCUCUCUCUCUCUCUAUCAUUCUCAGUCUUCUCAUCUCUCUCUAUCAUUCUCAGUCUUCUCUCUCUCUCUCUCUCAUUCGGUCUUCUCAUCUCUCUCUCUCUCAUCAUUCUCCAGUCUUCUCAUCUCUCUCUCUAUCAUUCUCGGUCUUCUCAUCUCUCUUCUCUCUCUUCUAUCAUUCAUUCGGUCUUCUCAUCUCUCUCUCUCUCUAUCAUUCGGUCUUCUCAUCUCUCUCUCUCUCUAUCAUCUCUCUCUCUCUCUCUAUCAUUCUCGGUCUUCUCAUCUCUCUCUCUCUCUAUCAUUCUCGGUCUUCUCAUCUCUCUCUCUCUCUAUCAUUCUCGGUCUUCUCAUCUCUCUCUCUCUCUAUCAUUCUCGGUCUUCUCAUCUCUCUCUCUCUCUAUCAUGGGUCUUCUCUCUCUCUCUCUCAUCGGUCUUCUCUCUCUCUCUCUAUCAUUCUCGGUCUUCUCUCUCUCUCUCUCUAUCAUUCUGGUCUUCUCAUCUCUCUCUCUCUAUCAUCAUCUCUCUCUCUCGGUCUUCUCAUCUCUCUCUCUCUAUCAUUCUCGGUCUUCUCAUCUCUCUCUCUCUCUCUAUCAUUCUCGGUCUUCUCAUCUCUCUCUCUCUAUCAUUCUCGGUCUUCUCAUCUCUCUCUCCAUCAUUCUCAGUCUGUUUAUUUCAAAAGCUUCUGCCUGAGAAUGUAUAA